GAUCAUCUACUCAGUACUUCCAGGAAGUUUAAUCAACCGUAGUUCGGCAGGAUCGCACAACAGAUGAAGGUAGCUGUCCCUCAGCUAAAAUGACUUUCCACCAGUUAUUUUCUAGAGCAGCUCUCGUCAGCAAAGUUGGAUCCAGGUCUGCAUUCACAAGCUCCAAGCCUGACAUUGCUAAUCCCAACUGGUUAAGAGUGGGCCUUGCCUUCGGAUCAUCUGUUUUCCUCUGGGGCCUGCUCUUCAAGCAACACAGCACAGAUGUAGAUGAAUACAAAGUGAGGAAUGGCCUGGAAUAACCCAUCACACUGGAGGUCCGCAGGUCCUGUUUGUAGGAUGCACCUGUUUGUCCACUUCUUUCUAUUUCCACUGUUCCCCAUUCCUCCCUCUCAAUUCUGUGUAAAAUAAAAAUAUGUCAAGUGUAA